UACAUGGAAAAUGCUUAAAAAUUCAAACCUAAAAAGUUUUCAAUUACAGUUGCCUGAAAUAUGCUCCUUAGGUCAAGUAGGCGGACCAGGAAUUCCCGGUCGAAAAGGACUAAGAGGUUUGCCUGGGAGAGCAGCUACACAUUACACAGAUGGCUUUCUGAUUGCCAGGCACAGUCAGAGCAUUAAGGUCCCUGACUGCCCUAGUGGCACCAGUCUCAUCUACUCUGGUUAUUCCCUCCUCUUCAUCAAUGGAAACGAGAGAGCUCAUGGCCAGGACCUUGGCACAAUGGGAAGCUGCCUCCCUCAUUUCUCCACCAUGCCCUUCCUGUUCUGCGACACAGAAAGCACCUGCCGCUAUGCUUCUCGUAAUGACUAUUCCUACUGGCUGUCCACUGAUAAGCUCAUGCCUGCCAACAUGGUUGCCGUCACAGCUGAUAAAGUUGCCCCCUACAUCAGCAGGUGCUCAGUUUGUGAAACGGCCUCCAAAAUCAUAGCUUUCCAUAGCCAGAACACUCUGACACCUGAAUGUCCCAGAGGUUGGGAGACCCUG